CUAAGUUUAAUGAAGAAAAGUUUGUUAGAAAAAGCGACCCAUAUUUGUUAUCGUGUGUUCGUGUCCUGUUGUCCCUUGAGCCUUCUUUCCUCAAGGAAUGUGUUAUACUACAAUAUGGCCAAUCUUACAAGACAAUCAAAAUGACCUGCAGAUUGAUGAGCUAAAUAAGGUGCCCCCAAACCUUGUUAAAGAUUUUAUGGAGCCUUUCACCUGUAGACAACAGCUUAAGAAUUUAAUUUGUUAUUUACCCAGAGAAGAAAAUCCUGAAAGAUGGUGACUUUGAAAUUAUAAUUAGAAAAGGAAGGACAAGGUGGGACUGAAUAAAUGGAUGUAAAACUAGAAUUGAUGUGACAUUUUUAAAGACUGCUCCUUGGUAAACUUAAAGAAAGAAAAGGUUUCAUGAAGCAUAAAUUUAAUGCAUGCCAUCACACGCUUAAGAUGUCCAUGAAUAAUUAUAUCUUGUAGAGUUAUCUAGUGAAGCUUUCUCAAAGAUUAGUUACAGUCAGUGAAACUUCAAAUGUGAGAAAGUGUUUGUUAGCAAAUUUGUCUUCGUGAAAAACAUGGUAAGUCACGCUGAAGAAAAGGUUCUUAAGAAUAGGAUGGUGAAGAGAGCUAAAAAGAAGCAAACUUGCAAUGAGUGUAAUCAGGUUUUCAUCACAAAGAAAGAUCUUCUGCAACAUAGAAGAAAAGAGCAUCAUGCACGAAGGGAAAAUGUUUGUUCUUUGUGCAACAGGACAUUUGAAUCAGAUAAACGCCUUAAAAUGCAUGCAUCUUUUCACUACGUUGGAGAAUAUGAAUGUUUUUAUUGUCAGAAACAAUUUAAUAAGGCCUGGAAAAUGAAAAUUCACCUGGUCAACCAUAGUGGCCGCCCCCCAUACAUUUGUCAAUUUUGUGGUGAUGAUUUUCUCUAUCCUGGUAAAAUUGUAAACCAUUUAAAGCGAAUACAUGAUGUAUGGUACGCUUGUAAGGAUUGUGGAGAAGCCUUAAAUGCUAAUGACUCUCUGUAUCCCCACAAGUGUAAGGUUUAUGGUUGCAAGGACUGUUUAAUGUCUUAUGACUGCAAGAGUGAUCUUGCCAAACAUGUAAAAUGUCAUAUAAAUGAUGACAAACCACCAUUAGCUACAAUGCCUGUUGUCCCCAGUACACCACCACCUUUAGAUCAUUCCCAGUUAGAAGACACACAACAUUUGCAGCCAGCCAAUUCAUAUGCAAAUGUUGAAUUUAAUGAGUAUGAUUCUGUUAAGGAUACUUUGACAGUAAAUGAAAAUGGUAGCAGUGAUUCAACUAAAUCCUGGAGAGAUUUAAACACUAAUGAAAACACUGAAAAUAAUGGAGCACAAGAUCUGGUCAAAGAUCAGAAUGUUCAUGACACUCUUUUGUUGAGAAAUAGUGAUGAUGAUAAAAAUGCAAGUGAAACUGAUGAUGUGAUUUUUAUAGCAAGUGACAGCUCCUUGGGUGACUUUAAGGUGCCAGAAACAACCUUAAACUUAUGGAAAAGGUGUGAAAAUCCAGUAAAAAAAUCUUUACGUAUAAAACAAGACAAAAUUGAUAAGUCUUUAAGAAAACAGGAUGAAAUAUUGAACAAAUUACAGUUCUAUGUUGACACUGAUGCUAAACUCACACAACGAAGUCAAAUUUCUUUUGAAUCAUGGCUAACAAAUGAUGCUUUUAACAGUGCUGAUCAUGAUUUUGUGUUUGGUUUUGAGGCAAGUGUAAGUGUAAGUGGUCAUCAAAAAGAACCCCAACAUUAUUUUUUCAAUAAAAAGGUUCUAAAAAAAGAAAAGUCUGACAUGAACUUUGAGGAUCUCUGUUACUUUUAAGAAUGUUAACAAUAUUGUCAUAAUAUUGUUAUGUUAAAAUACUGUACACUGGGAAUAAAAAUCUUAAAGUUUGUUAUAUCAGAUCUAGAUAUGUGUGUGUAUGUAGUAUUUAUUGGUGGUAAUGAACAGUGAUCUAUUUUUUUAUUCAAACAAUGAGGUGUCUCUUUCUAAUUAAAUAGUAAAUGUUAAUUAAAUCUGGUAUAGAAGAAUGCAAGUUAUCAUAUUGAAGCUUGGAAGUUGAUCAAAGACAUUAAAAACUGAUCAAUGAUAAUCAAAGGAAAUAACUCUAAAAUUUGUUGGUUGUAAAGUAUGAAUGACAAUUUUCAUGUUUAUGACAUUAAAAGCUUCACAAGUUC